AUGCACGACCCCCGCAGGCCGCCUCGGAUUCAGCCCACAGAGUGGAUACCCCAUUUUCGGUCGGAGGAUGAGGACGCGUCUCCGUUUCAUGCAUGGUGCUUUCUCAUUGGUUUUAUUCUCUUCCCGUUAUGGUGGGUCGCAUCGUUCUGCCCCAUACCGAAGACGCGCCAUGUGGGCGGGACGGAUACUGAGAAGGCAGUUCCACUGGAUGACCCGCAAAUCGAGCACGACGCGAAGACCUGGCGCACUCGAUGCCGCAUUAUGUCUGUCAUAUCCUUCCUGACAUAUAUACCCUUCAUCAUCCUUGUAGCGAUCUUUGUUCCCCACCAUACGUGA